GCAGCAGGUGCGUCCUUUGAGCAUCCCCCUGAUCUGUGUCUCCGCCCUCCUGCUGCGCGCUAUAGGCUGGAGAAUUUAAGCGGGCGCGCCGUAAUGAUGAGGGCUUUCUGAGACUGAUUGAUUUCAAAACUUGACGGGUUUCGAGUUUCACAGGACCUAACUGUGGACUUGUUGCGUGCGUCUUUUUGGGCAGAGAUGAACCCCGAGGUGGAUUACGUAGGCUCCGGGAGCAGCGGGAACGGAAAGCUGCGCCAGUGGCUGAUCGAGCAGGUGGACUGCGGGAAAUAUCCCGGUCUGGUGUGGGAAAACGACGAGAAGACCAUCUUCAGGAUACCGUGGAAACACGCCGGGAAACAGGACUACAACCGGGAUGAGGAUGCCGCGCUUUUCAAGGCCUGGGCGCUGUUUAAAGGCAAGUUUCGGGAGGGAAUUGACAAGCCAGACCCGCCGACCUGGAAGACGCGCCUUCGCUGCGCCCUCAACAAGAGCAAUGACUUUGAGGAACUUGUGGAGAGAAGCCAGCUUGACAUCUCAGACCCCUACAAAGUCUACCGCAUCAUCCCCGAGGGCGCCAAGAAACGACCCAGACAGGAGGACAGUCCUCUGAGUCCAAUGAGCUACCCGGUGCACCCUUCCUACCCUGCCCUGCAGAAUCAGAUGUCACAGUACCUCCCCAACCCAGAAUGCAGCUGGAGAGACUACUGUCCGGAGCAGCCCUCCCUCCCGGAGCUGUCCUUCCCUCAGUGUCCCUGUCCCUCAGUGCCCCGCAGCCUGCCAUGGCAGGGUGCAGCCAUGGAGAACGGAUAUCAGCUCAGAGCCUCAAUUUACUCUUACGGUCCUGCUGAUAGUCAGCCGUCGCCUUUUACACUGGACGCCAGCAUCAGAUCAGCGGAGGCACUUUCAGAUUUCCGCCUGCAUGUGUCUGUAUUUUUCCGGGACACUCUGGUGAGGGAGGUGACCACCUCCAGUCCGGACGGGUGUCACAUCACUCCGUGCGCCCCAGAGGACAAGCACUACCUGCCCCCUCAAGGCCCCGAGCUGGUGCCGCUGCCUUUGGACUGCUUCUCAGCUCAGAGGAGAGCGGAGGAGUGUCCCCCGAGUCCUCCGUCCGCCCUGGAGAGGGGAGUGCACUUGUGGAUGGCCCCAGACGGACUCUACGCCCGCAGACUGUGUCAGGGCAGAGUGUACUGGCAGGUAGGACUGUCACCGUACGGAGAGAAGCCCAACAAGCUGGAGAGAGAGGUCACCUGUAAACUCCUCCACACGCAGGACUAUCUCACAGAGAUCCAGAGUUACGGGCUCCACAGUCGGCAACUGCCUCAUUUCCAGGUCCUGCUGAGUUUCGGAGAUGAGUGUCUGGACCCACAAAGACAAAGAAGGACCCUCACUGUCCAGGUUGAGCCCCUCUUCGCCAGACAGCUCCUGUACUACGCCCAGCAGACGGGCGGCCACUACUACCGCAGCUACGAGCACCCGGAUCACAUAAACACCUCUGAGGACUACCAGAGGGCCAUCACACACCAUCACAGCAGCAGUCUGCAGGAGUGAUCGGAGUGAGUUCAAGUGACUGUUUAAACUUCCCGGGACAUCAGAUAUCCAGCGACAAAUCCUUCACACAGGAGACCAGGAGACUGAGAAACAAACUUGGACAGUGUUAUAUAAGUAUAUCAGAUGGAUCUUUAGUGACAGAUACUGUUUAUUCUGUAGGAUUUUGUGUGAGUGUUUCCAUGAGAGUGUGUGUGUGUGUGUGUGUGUGUGUAUGUGUGUGUGUGUGUGUGUGGCUGAAACCAAAGUUGUAGUUGUUAUUUUCUUUUUCUUACUGUAUUUUCAGGGCACAUUGAAUAUUUUCCAUACUGCUUAUGCGAAACAAAACUGACAGCUUAGGUGAUUGUACUCUAGAGAACUGAGGUGAUUUUUAGUGCCUUACAGGAAUAUUUUGACAUUUUGGGAAAUAUAUUCAUUUAUUUUCUGUCAGAGAGUUAGACAAGAAGUCUAAACUCUCUGACAGAAAACAUAUUGCCCAAAAUGUUGAACUAUUCUUUUACUGUUUGUAGAUUUUUCUUGUAUAUAAUUUAGACUUUUCUGUUACUAGGAGACACUAUCACCACCAUUUAGUAAAUUAUGAAAUGUCUUGGGCCUGGCUGGUUGUUUAAUAAACUCUCAGGGAUCUGAUUUUAGAUAAGCUUAUUGUAUCUCAACUCAAUUUUGUAUCUCAUUGAAAUAUAUCAUGUACCUGUAACUAAGUGUAAGUGUCAUACAUCAAAUCUGAGAAUGAGUUGGAAUGACUGUUUUGAGCUUUUUUUUGUGUGAAAGUCGACAUUUCUGUAAAAAAAAACCCCAAUAAAUGGCUGAAGUGUAAAGAGUCACGGCCUCUGUUCAUAACUGUAUGAGCUCUUCUGGUAGCAUCAGUACUGUGUGUGUCUGUGUGUGUGUGUGUGUGUGUGUGUGUGUGUGUGUCAGAGAGUGUCUGAACAGGAAGUGUGGUUCAGAUGCAGGAUGAGGCUGGUUAAUCAAACACUUCGUUAUCGCAAACAAUGUGA